AUGGUCAUUGAGGUGGAGCAGAUAUGCCGAGAUAUGACCCAUGGUGAUAUUUAUGUCACAACUAUAAUGGAAUCUUAUGGGAUCAUGAUCCGCCUGAAGACGAGCCUUGCGGCUGGAGAGUAUAAGAGAGAUUCCGCUUCCAAGACUCUUCAAGCGCCAUCUGACGUCAUGAUUGCUCCAAAGCUACUGCUCGUCAUCACAGCCGUGACCACAGCCCUUGCGCUGUCCAUCAAUCUAGACACCCGUCACUACGACAUUGACGGGAUGAUAUGGACCGGGUCAAUCUUUCCAGGCGAAAAGCCAACGGUGCUUACCGGGAGUGCAAAGGAUAUACUCGGUCAGAUCACCGCGAUCAAUCCGGACUAUAGUCCAGAUGAUUCAUUUGAGGCCAUCAACUCCAAUCAUACCUCGGUCGGGAGACGAGAUUCGAGCAUGAGUUGUGGCAACAUCGCAACUGGAACCGAUGUUGACAUUGGGAGCAGCGUGAGUUAUCUUCAGCAUCUGGGAGGAACAUGUGGGUCCCCAGGACGACAAUGCCGGCGUCUGACUUGUGACGGGACCACUGGUUCCUACUUCUGCUCGGAACAGGAUGCAGAAACGCAUGCCCCUUGUAAGGACAUCGGUGACUGGGUCAACUUCAUUCGAAUGCAGUGCUGCAUGGGGAGCACUGGGCGUUCCGGUUCCAUAGGGUUUACAAAUAAGCCAUACAGCGUCUGGACUGGCUACGCCAACUGCAACCAUCCGAGUUCGAAGCGACCAACAGAUUACCCUUAUCCUGGUGGGAGCGUGAACGGAGAGUGCAAAUGAAACCCCUCAACCGCACUUCAGUUUUACGCUAGAGCCUUGGUAGGGCGAGG